GUGGCGUCACUUCCCACUGCACCAAUAGGCUGCGGAGGGGCGGGCCGGAGGCGGUAGCCCAGGCCACAGAACCGCACCCACCCACUCCUGUGAUAGGCCCAGAGCCUCCGGCUGAGUCACUGACGGCCUCAAAUCAUGGUUUAAAGAGUUCCUGUGACAGAGACUCCACCAUUCACACUAGUUCAAACCAGCGAGUGACCCAGGCCCCAGGCUGCAGAGGGAGGCGAACUGCCAACCGGCCCUGGGGAAAUUCCUUCCCUGCCCUAAAUCUAGGGAUCAAUUACUGGCCGCAGGCGGGAUGGCAGCACUGUGGAGGUCGUACCAGCGGCUCAUGGCCCAGCACCCCUGGAAAGUGCAGAUCCUCACAGCUGGGUCCCUGGUGGGAGUCGGAGAUGUGAUCUCUCAGCAGCUGGUGGAAAGAAGGGGCCUGAGAGGGCACAGCAGUCGAAGGACGCUGAAGAUGAUGGCCAUUGGCUUCUGCUUUGUGGGCCCUGUGGUAGGAGGCUGGUACCAGCUCCUGGAUCGACUUAUUCCGGGAAACACCAGGAUGGUGGCGUUGAAGAAGAUGGCGCUGGAUCAGGUGGGGUUUGCACCUUGCUUCCUGGGCUGUUUCUUGGCCAUCGCCGGGGCACUCAACGGCCUGUCCGCCGAGGAGAGCUGGGCCAAGAUCCGACGGGAUUACCCGGACGCGCUGCUCACCAACUAUUAUCUCUGGCCAGCCGUGCAGAUUGCCAACUUCUACUUCAUCCCCCUGAACCACAGGCUGGCUGUCGUGCAGGUGGUGGCUGUCGUCUGGAAUUCCUACCUGUCCUGGAAGGCGAACAAGCUGUGAGGCCCCGGGUCCGGCGCCCCUCCCAUCACCCCCUAGUCCGGUCUCCCCCAGUCUCCCGCCCGGCCUGCCCCCCCCCAUGCCGCACCCUCCUCUGCGACUGCCAUAGCGAAGGGCCGUGGGGCUGGCCCCCGCUUUCUGUGCCCUCCACCCAGCCUGGUCUCCCCCAGCUUUCCGCCCGGCCUGCCCUCCCCCACACCGCACCCUCCUCUGCGACUGCCAUAGUGAAUGGCCGUGGGGCUGGCCCAGCAGUGGCUCUUGGGGGAGCUCCAGGAGGCCACAUCACACAGCAACCAUCGAACUGGCCCCCCAGGGCAGCUUCAACAAAGGAACCGCUGGCACGUGGUGCUGGGGGCCUGAGCUGUGCCCCACGGCUGUCCCCAGCACAGGCGGAGAUUGAUUCCUGCCCCACGGCUGUCCCCAGGGUGACUGAGCUGCACCCCAUGGCGCUCCCUGGCGCCGGGGUAGACCGAGCCGUGCCCCAUGGAGGCCCGCGGUGCUGGGGGCCAUCGAGCCGUGCCCCUGGUUGGAGAGCCCCUCCCCCGACAGGCCCCUCUGAGCUGUUGCCCACACAGCCCAGGCAAGCUGGGAAGGAACUGGAGAAAUAAACUCAGUGACUGGC